AUGGCUUUCGUCCCGGCUCUUCCGCUAACCGCCUCCCGCACCACGCCUGUGGGCUCCCGCAGCUCACUGUCGGGCACCACUGUGACCAACCCCGCAUCCCGCAGCAUGGCCGCAAUCACCAUGGGUUACGGUGAUUACUCGUACAGCACCGACAAAACGCGAGGCCACGCCAUGCAAUACUACAUCGACAAGUUCCGUAUCGUCUCCGACUUCGGCCGGGGCGUUCCUCUCUACGCCAGCACCCCAAUGCUGGGCCGCGGAAUCAUGGGCGGAGUCGAAGUGCCCAAGGAGGGCAUCAAGCAGGUAUUCGACCCUGCCCUGCCAACCUCCGACGAGCCCACUGCCCCGGACCCGCGCCUUGUCGAGGCCUCCGGUCUGUACCCGUGGGAUUCCGACUACGUCGACCCCGAGUGGAGGGCGGAUACCUUUGCAAACAUGUCCGACGACGAGAUUGCCGACCAGUCGUUCCAGGAGUUCCGCGCCAGCGUGUCCGAGAGCCGUGGAAUGGCCCUCACGGCCAUGGACUUUGGCGCCACCGCGAGGGUCGAGCGCAUCAUCGGCGGCAUUGAUGAGAAGGAGCUCCUCACCCUCGACGGAGCGCUGGAUGUCAAUUACGCCCGCUUGCAAAAGAUCUCUAACCCAGCCACGCUCAACCCCACCGGCUCGCCGCAGACGGAAAUUCCAGGAAUCCCGUACUUGACGAGCGUCGGCGCGAUGGACUUCAUAGAGAAGCCCGGCGAGAAGGUCGCGUUUUGGAAGACAGACAAGCCGGCAGACCUGCCAUACAAGAGGCCGUCAGGCGCAGAUACACCGGAGUUGCCGUACAAUGCUAGCCCGGACGUUGCGGAGAUUCAGGAGGGGCAGGCUGCGCGUGGAUUGCUACCGGGAGACGAAUAAGGAUGUAGGAAUCCUGCAAUAGUUAUUUCAAUACCGUAGAGUAUUUCGUGAUUGUCUGCAAUUUGUAGUUAAAGGGGAAGAGGGGGAACUCAUUGCUGGGUGUGACAUGUUGUGUGAAUUUACUUGCACAUACACGACAGCGCGAGAUUAUGCCGCCAGCUUUGUA